AUGACGGGCUUGUUUAGCUUGGUCGGGACUCCAGAUAUCCACCCAUCGCCUUCUUUGUCCGCAGAUCUGCCGUCCAGAAGCUCGACCCCUUCCCUCGCAGGAAGUGGGGGGCCAGUCGUUUCCUGCACGGCGCCCGCCAGCGCUCCAGCCCUGCGGCCGGAAGCGGAGCGGGAUGGCGUGCAGCCGGAUGCGGAUGGCAGCUUUUACACAGAGCUAUACCCGGGCCCGCAGAGCUUCGUGGAAAGGCUGAGUGCGGAGGAGCGCCCGCCGGUGGCGGAGGGCGUCCACUUCCCUCCCGUGGUGGAGACGGUGUCCUCCAUCAGGCCCGCCGGGUACCGGUCGGCGCUGAUGCCCGCAGAGAACAAGCCUCUGGAAGUGGGCAUUCUGCAGAAGGUGAAGGCCAUCUUAGCCCAGGUGGACCCAAAGACGGCAGCACGGCACAUCACCAAGUGCGACUGCACGUUGGCUCGGAUACUGGAGGUGCGGCCGGAGGUGCAGAGGAUAAUGGGAGUCAGCUCUGGAGUGGAGCUGCUCACGCUGCCGCACGGCCAACGCCUCCGAUUGGACCUGCUGGAGAGGCUGCACGUCAUGGCCACCACGCUGGCCGUCAACCUGCUGGGCUGUACCGGCACCGCCGAGGAGCGGGCGGGCCUGCUGCACGGGAUGAUCCGGACGGCGGCCGAGCUCAAGAACAACAUGGGCAACAUGUUUGGCUUCGCCGCCGUCAUGAGGGCGCUGGAGCUGCCGCAGGUGACGCGUCUGGAGCACACCUGGGCGACAUUACGCCAGCGGCACACAGAGGGCGCCAUUCUCUACCAGAAAACUCUGCGGCCCUUCAUGAUGAGGCUGAAUGAAGGCAAAGAAAGCUGUCCUCUGUCCAGCACCAGCUUCCCGCACGUCCUGCCCCUCCUUUACCUGCUGGAGAGAGGCGUGGCGCUGGGUGAGGGGGCGGAGCCUUGGGAGACGGCGGAGGAUGGCGUGGACGUGGUCAUGUUGCAUCUCGAGGCGGCCAGGACCGUGGCACAACUAGGCGACGUCUACAGGUCCAACGCUGAGAGCAAACUGCAAGGUUUCCAGGAGCAGGACGACAUCUUGGAAGUGUUCCGGACCGACUUCCAGAUGAGGCUACUGUGGGGGAGCAGGGGCGCCGUGGAGAGCCAGGCGCCGCGCUACGCCAAAUUCCAGCAGGUGCUGACGGCUUUGUCCAACAGGCUGGAGCCGCCCGCGCCCCAGGCCACAAAAACCUGACUUGGGACUCCCGCCAAGACAUCAAUACGCCGUUUUUUAAACGGUCCCCACAAUGUCUGUUUCCGUGACUCGAGUGUGUGACGUGUCAAACAUGCAAUAUGCCGUUUUUUAGACGGUCCCCACAAGGUCUGUUCCGACGACUCGAGUGUGUGAAGUGUCAAACAUGCAAUAUGCCGUUUUUUAGACGGUCCCCACAAGGUCUGUUCCGACGACUCGAGUGUGUGAAGUGUCAAACAUGCAAUAUGCCGUUUUUUAGACGGUCCCCACAAGGUCUGUUUUUUAGACGGUCCCCACAAGGUCUGUUCCGACGACUCGAGUGUGUGACGUGUCAAACAUGCAAUAUGCCGUUUUUUAGACGGUCCCCACAAGGUCUGUUCCCAUGACUCGAGUGUGUGAAGUGUCAAACAUGCAAUAUGCCGCUUUUUAGACGGUCCCCACAAGGUCUGUUCCCAUGACUCGAGUGUGUGAAGUGUCAAACAUGCAAUGUGCCGUUUUUUAGACGGUCCCCACAAGCUCCGUUCCCCCAGAAGGUGUGUGAAGUGUCCAACAUGGGUACUCACAAGAAACUGUUUGUUCUCUGGGAUCCCGAGUGAGGGUGUGGUCCUCGGUUGUCACGUGACGUCCGGAAAACGUUGCAGACCGCACGUUCUAGCGCAGAACUUUGCCGAGCAUGUUUGUUGACGUUGUGAAGGCUGGACCUCCACGACACGCCAACAGUAUCGCAUUAUUCCCAAAACGUAAUCCUACAUUCCAUUAGCAUGUGACUAUUGGAACAGUUAGCAUUUUUGCAAGAAAGAGAUAUGUCUCAAAACCCAUGAAUUGUAGGUUUAUACAAAUAAAUUAGCAAUUUUUUUUAGCAUAAAACAUUAGCAUGUUAAUGUUAGUGUGUUAUAAUAGGUACCGUUAGCAUACUUGCAAGAAGGAGUCAGUAGAAAUGUUGAUGGGCCUGCUAUCUGUGCUGUGAGCCUCUGGCCCCCAGGUUGAUUGAUGUUAAACAGCUAGCAUACAACGUUAGCGUGUUAUAAUAUGUACGGUUAGCAUACUUGCAAGAUUUGUCUCAAAACCCAUGAAUUUUAGGUUUACACAAAUAAAUUAGCAAAAAUGUUUGCAUAAAACAUUAGCAUGCUAAGGUUAGCGUGUUAUAAUAGGAACAGUUAGCAUCCUUGCAAGGAGUCUCUGUAGAAAUGUAAACAAAAGGUUUAUGUUUGAAUCCCAAAGUGAACUUAAACACUGGUCUUUUUUUUCCUCUCAAUUAUUUAACAAACAAAACAAGUUUGAUAACAUUUUAUUAAGGGAAUAAAAGUGUCUUUUUUUAGACAUUUGUGUCAUUUUAACAUCAUUAUGUGAUUUUCACGGACUGAUGACUUG